AUGUCUCCUCCUUCCCUUUUGUUGUGGAAUCCAGUGAUUAGAGAGGUGAGGCAGAUCCCUAGAACUAUCAAUGAUUUUAAGGGUGACUGCAUUAUAGGAUUUGGAUUCAGUUCAGUUGUUAAUGAUUACAAGAUUGUGAGAGCUUAUAAGUCUGAUCUCGCUGUUAAUAGAGUGGAAAUGUAUUACGUAAACAAGGGUUCAUGGGAGAAAAUAAAAUUUGAGGACCUGAAGGGUGCAAGCCUUUUUCAUGACAAUGUCACUGUUAAUGUUCCUGUUUUGUCGCGGGAAGUUACAGGUGAUACGCUAGGGGAUGAAGCUGGGGCCGCCAAAGUAGUAACCGAAAGCUGCGUCUGCACUGGCAAUCGCGACACUGGAAUGAAGAUAGUAUCAAAUUCUCAAAAAUUUUUACGGUUAGCAUCAAUUAUUGACUGCGGUUUCGAUCCAAACAUGGUGGCGAUCAACGAACACAUGGAACACGGCACUAACACCUAUCAUCAAAUUCGUCGGGAUGAGGAUAGGGUUCACGACUUCUACGAAUUGGUAGGUCGUGAGGUUCCUGUAGCUAAACAUGGAGACUGGGCAAAACAUGUCUCCUUUCUUGAUGGCACUGAAGUGCUCAUCACUUUUGAUGAGCUCCCAAAAGAAAUCAUUGCAAACAUUCUCAAACGAAUCCCUGUCAAAUCCCUAAUCAGAUUCCAAUGUGUCUGUAAACAGUGGAAAAAUCUCUUCCAAACUCCAUCUUUCAUUGCAGACCACCUCCACCACCAUCGUCACGAUGAUACCCCUUCUCUUCUCUUACAGUCGAAUCACAGAGCUGAUUCUUUGAAGUUAUGUCUUGUCGAUGAAAAGAAGCGAGUCUGUGAAUUUCAGAACCCACCUUUGAUCGAUUCGUUGCGAAGUGCUAACGUAAUCGGCUCUAGUAAUGGCUUGCUUUGUGUUGAAUUCGAUGAAUUUGGUAUGUCUCCUCUUUCCCUCUUGUUGUGGAAUCCAGCUACUAGAAAGGUGAGAAAGAUACCUAGAACUCUCAAGUAUUUUAAAGGGAAAUGCGUUUUAGGAUUUGGGCACUGUCAAAUUAUUAAUGAUUAUAAGAUUGUGAGAGUUUAUGAAUUUGGUCUCGAGGUUAAGAGAGUGGAAGUGUAUUCCUUAAACACAGAUUCAUGGAAGAAAAUAAAAUUUGAGAACUUGAAGGGUAUAAGACUUCUUCAUGAAACUAUCGCCGUUAAUGGUACUAUGUUUUGGCAUGGGUCAGAAAAUUUGAUAGUGUCAUUUGACAUAGCAAAAGAAGAGUUUAGAUUGAUACCAAUGCCUCUGAGAUACCCUCAAGCACGUACUGUGCUUACAGUUUAUGAGAACAAACUGGCUAUGUUUUCUAUCAAUGCCACGUACGGUGCCCCUCUAUUGUGGGUGAUGAAGGAGGGCACAGGUGCAUGUAAGGAGAGAUGGAGUUGGACCAAGAAAUAUUGGAUCCAUCUAUACUCAGGUUCAGAGACGGUUUGGAGGGAUGACAUUAUCUACAACUUCAAUAUUGAAAUAAUGCCUAAACUCCGAAAGCUUAUUGGAUCCGAACUCAUUCAUGAAGUGGAGGAUGGUAGAUUAUCGGAUGUUUUGUUCACGUCCUAUGUAAAUCCUAAAGAAGUUGCUACCUGCAAAUGUGGCCAUGGUCCUCAUAUUUUCAAUCACGUGGAAAGUCUUGCACUAGUUGGACGCCAUAAAUCUUAAUUAUUGCAUUAUAGAUUUACUUUGUUUUGGCACUUUUUGGUUUAGAUCAUUCUGUGUGCAGGGCUUGAUGACCCUUUUCAGAAACUCUGUGAUGGAUUUGUGCAAUUCAUUCAUAGCAAAAGUAACUACAUAUGCUUUCAA